AUGGAUUCACUAUCUGCAGAAGAACUUUCUUGUCCUGUGUGUCAAGAAAUCUUUAAGGCUGCUGUUAUUUUAUCAUGUAGUCACAGUUUCUGUAAAGAGUGUCUUCAACAGUUCUGGAGAAUCAAGGAAACUCAGGAGUGUCCUGUCUGCAGGAGAAGAUCCUCAAAAGACCAUCCUCCAUUUAAUCUUGCGUUACAAAACUUGUGUGAGUCGUUCCUGAAGGAGAGAAAUGAAAGACGUUCAUCAGGAUCUGAGGAGAUCUGCAGUUUACACAGUGAGAAACUCAAACUCUUCUGUCUGGAGGACAAACAGCCUGUGUGUUUAGUGUGCAGAGAUUCACAUGAACACAUAAAUCAUACAUUCAGACCCAUCAGUGAAAUUGUUUCAUCAUAUAUGGAGGAGCUCAAUACAGCACUGAAAUCCUUACAAGAAAAACAAAAUUAAAAGAGAAUGUGAGAAAACAGUUCAGCA